UACAUGGAGCAAAACCUUUCAACAGCGCAAAGAGGAAAGAAGCACCCAAGUCCCAUUUAGUUAUAACUUUAAGCCUUGUAGCUGCUCGACCGAGAGAGGAGAGAGGAAGCCAGGUAGGAGGUUCUGCUUCCAAGGGAGAUGGCCGGGAAGGGAGGCAAGGGGCUGCUUGCGGCGAAGACGACGGCGGCCAAGGGCGCUGCCGACAAGGACAAGGACAAGAAGAAGGCGCCUGUGUCCCGCUCCUCCCGCGCUGGGAUUCAGUUCCCGGUGGGUCGUAUACACAGGCAGCUCAAGCAAAGGGUCUCGGCUAAUGGCCGUGUGGGUGCCACUGCUGCUGUGUACUCUGCAGCAAUCCUUGAGUACCUUACUGCUGAGGUUCUUGAGCUGGCUGGCAAUGCCAGCAAGGAUCUCAAGGUGAAGCGUAUCACCCCUCGCCACCUGCAGCUUGCAAUCCGUGGAGAUGAGGAGCUGGACACCCUCAUCAAGGGCACCAUAGCUGGUGGUGGUGUCAUCCCUCACAUUCACAAGUCCCUCAUCAACAAAACCUCCAAGGAGUGAAUGAAAUGCAAUAAAGGGUAGUUGUUGUGCGUUGUAUCUUCGUGACCCCCUGUUAUGUUGUGCCAUCGGUUAGUUGUUGCUAUUAUCAUAACCUGAAUAGGUUGUCCGGAUUUGUUAUGGGGCUACCCUUCGGUAACAUGUUAUUAGGUAAAGACUUGUAAUCGUGAUAUGGAACUGCUUAUAUUCGGUUUGGUGAA